CUUUAUAAACACUAAAUAUGUAAUAAAUUAUAAAACGAAAAUCAGCUGUUAAACACCUCUUUUAAAAUAAUAUGAUUUCUUUAGUACUCAUUAUAGGUCAAUGUUUUUCGCUGAUGCCUGUUCGUGGUGUUGGCCAUUCAAAUCCGCGUCAAGUACGCUUUACAUUCCGAUCCAUACAAGUGAUGAUUACAUUGAUAUUUUUAUUCGCCAGUUCUACGUUUAAUUUUGCAAUGAUAAAACAUUUGGCAAAAAUUGGUGUAGACGCGAAAAAUUUAGUCGGCUUCGUCUUCUUUGCAUGUGCUCAAUCAUCAACGGUGCUCUUCUUCACGCUGGCGCCCCGUUGGCCACGCCUUAUUCGCUUUUGGACUCGCACUGAAAUGAUAUUCGUACGAAAACCUUACAAAAUGCCCAAACCAAAUCUGUCAACUCGGGUGCGACGUGCUGCAUACGCAGUAAUUGCAUUCUCAGCAGUGGAGCAUAUAUUUUAUCUUAUCUCAGCUAUAUACUCUGAAUAUCGUAGAGCACUACUGUGUGGUGCAGCCCAGAAUAUCACUAUUCCUUUCACUUUCGAAGAAUUCGCUUACAGAAACUAUGACUACGUAUUUGAAUUGUUGCCGAAGUCAACGCUUAUUGGUUGCCUUAUUUUGAUAGUGAAUUUUUUCUGCACAUUUGUGUGGAAUUACAUGGAUCUUUUCAUAAUGAUGAUAGGCAAAGGCAUCGCAUAUCGAUUUGAGCAAAUGAAGAUGCGCAUACACACGCUGCUCGAUAAGGAAGUGUCUGAAUCGAUUUUUAUGGAAAUACGAGACCACUAUGUGAAAUUAAUUGAAUUACUCGAGUAUGUGGAUGAGGAUUUGUCUGGCAUAAUUUUGCUAUCCAGUGCAAAUAAUUUAUAUUUCGUUUGCUACCAGCUACUGAAUAUCUUCAAUAAAUUACGUUGGCCAAUUAAUUACGUUUACUUUUGGUUUUCGCUACUUUUCCUAAUCGGACGUACGACUUUUGUUUUUCUCACAGCAGCAUCCAUCAAUGACGAAGCAAAAGACGCUUUAAGUGUGCUGAGGCGUAUACCAGCGAAUACUUGGUGUGUCGAGGUGGAACGUCUAAUAUUUCAAAUGUCAACUACAACGGUGGCAUUAUCAGGCAAGAAAUUCUACUUUCUCACAAGGAGGUUGCUGUUCGGGAUGGCAGGCACUAUUGUCACCUACGAGUUGGUUUUGCUGCAAUUCGAUGAACCCAACCGGACGAAAGGACUACCCGAUCUGUGCUCUUAGAGAUUAGAGUAGAUUAGAGUGAAGAGUGAUAUGACAACAA